AUGGCGACGAGGAAGGCGGUGUGCGUCCUGGCCGGCGACGGCGAGGUCAAAGGCGUCGUCCACUUCGAGCAGCAGGAUGAGGGACCGGUAUUUAUUUCAGGAAGUAUUAACUGUUUGACUCCAGGAAAGCAUGGAUUUCAUGUCCAUGAAUAUGGAGACAACACAAACGGAUGUACCAGUGCAGGUGCUCACUUCAAUCCUGACAACAAAACACAUGGUGGGCCACAGGAUGCAGUGAGGCAUGUUGGGGAUCUUGGAAAUGUGACUGCAGAUGCCUCUCGUGUGGCAAAAUUGGAAAUAAAGGAUGAAAUUAUUUCUCUCACGGGACCAUAUUCAAUUAUUGGGCGUACCAUGGUGGUUCAUGAGAAAGAAGAUGACUUGGGUAGAGGAGGAAAUGAAGAAAGCUUGAAAACUGGAAAUGCUGGUGCUCGUCUAGCUUGUGGUGUGAUUGGGCUUGCUAAGAAUUAGACCUUCAAGCACUUCAUGUGGAAUGUAAAUGUACCUGUGAAAUUUAAGUUCUGUAGUUAAUUAGGGUAAAAAAAUCAUUUAAUUACAUGGCU